UAAGAUUAAAUGUAAAAAGGGUUGGAUAAAAUGCUGUACACUCAUUUGGAUAUUGCUUUCUCUAAAAAUAAAUAAAUAAAUAAAAAAACACUGGGAUGAGACGAGUGUAAGUGUGCACUGAGGCUAUGGACUGCACCUCCAUGACAUAACACCACAUGAUGUUCUGCGCACUUGGCAUCUAAUGCUUUGACAAUUGGAAGGAGCCUCCUGUACGUCACCAUUGUGGUGGUCGAUCCUGAUGAAAAUGAAGAGCCCUCCCCGUAGGGUUUGCGGGAUUUUCCUGGCGAAAUAAAAGCGCGCACCUGGACACGGUGCUUGUGUACGAGCGUAGAUUCCAGGCAACCGCGCACAGCCACCACCAGCUUCAGCAACGAUGAUCUCCAACAACAUCUCUAUUUUCUGCGUGUCAUCACUUCUACUUUUAAACUUGGUCGGUGCCAAACCAGUCACCAGUUUACAGAGUCUUAAGCAGUUGUUAGAUGAAGAAGUGAACACGCCGUUUGUGGAGUCGGGGGAGUCGGUGAUGGAGCAGAAAGAUGCGAGAUCCGAGAAGAGCGCGCUGGAUGAGCAAAUGUGGGAAUCAGAUGCGCGCAACUCAGCGCUGGCUGGAAAAGAUAGCGCCAUCGAGCGUCUUCUAGGCGACUUGCUGUCCACUUCCAAGCGCUCCUGGAGUCGAUUCAAGAAAGGCGGGCUGAGGAGCUGCUUUGGGGUCAGACUCGAAAGAAUCGGGUCUUUUAGCGGACUCGGGUGUUAAGUGGAGGUAUGUUAGGAGAUGUUGGCCAAAUAUAAACAUGGAACAUUGCUCAAACGCGUACUAGAAAUAAAAUAAGUCAUGUCUUAUUACUUCAUGUCAUGUCACUUCUUGCAGGUUCGGUCUUUGAAAUACUCGACACACUAAAAAAAAAUUAAAAAGUGAAAAAAAGAAAAGUGUUGAUUGAAGGUUUACAGUAGAUUUGUGUUCCGGUGAUGCUGUAUGUUUUGGUCAUUAUUUAUUUAAAAUUUUGACAUGUUAAUAGUUUGUAUUUGAAGAUUCCAUGACUGCUGCUUUGUACCGUUGGAUCUAUUUAUUUAAUUAUGUAUUUAUGUAUUGUCCUCUAUAAAUCCAAUC